UAUGUCAGCAAAUCAAAACAAUAGUUCAAAUUUUAAAAGUUAAUUAAAAGUCUCAAUAUCGUAAGAAAAGGAGGAGGCUUAAGAAACCCUUGAAAGUAUUUGAAAAUGGUUAUUUCUAAUAGUCAUACAUGAAAUGUCUUAGAUUUUAAAUUGUGGAUUGGAUAGAUAAUAAUUGGCUGUUUUAGUUAGUAUGAUAGAAAAUGGGGUUAACCCUGAAGCUUUGGCUCUAGUAGUAAAUGAAAUGAAAACAGAAUUAAACACUUAUAAAAAAAUACAUAAAUAAUGAA